CCGGUGACGCGAGGCCGGGGUGGGGGCGGGGGGCGGGCCGGGUGUCGGCGAGCGCGGCGCGCCGCCUCCGAGUGGCUGCGGGCGGCCUGGGCGGCGAGAUGGCGACCGUGGGCGCCGAGGGCUGAGCGCGCCCGCCGCUGAGGGCCGCGGGGCUGCGCGCCGGGUUUGUCUCCUCGCUAGACUAUGAACUCCUUGGAAGUGGGAAUCGUGUAUCAUUCAUCUUUAUAUUCCCAGUGUCUAGCACAGUUCCUGGUACAUAGUUUAGGCUGAGUGUCGGGACAUGGCCACUGCUUCCCCACGGUCUGACACUAGUAACAGCCACACCGGAAGGUUACAGUUAAAGGUAACUGUUUCUAGUGCCAAACUCAAAAGAAAAAAGAACUGGUUUGGAACAGCAAUCUAUACGGAAGUAGUUGUAGAUGGAGAAGUUAAGAAAACAGCCAAGUCCAGUAGUUCUUCUAACCCCAAGUGGGACGAGCAGCUGACUGUAAAUGUGACCCCACAGACUACAUUGGAAUUUCGAGUUUGCAGUCAUCAUACAUUAAAAUCAGAUGCUUUGUUAGGAAAGGCAACAAUAGAUUUGAAACAAGCUCUGUUGCUACACAAUAGAAAAUUGGAAAAAGUGAAAGAACAAUUAAAACUCUCCAUGGAAAACAAGAAUGGCAUAGUGCAAACUGGUGAAUUAACAAUUAUGCUUGAUGGAUUGGCGAUUGAGCAAGAAAAUAUAACGAACUGCAACUCAUCUCCGGCCAUAGAAAUACAGCAAAAUGGUGGUGCCUUACAUGAAAAUGGAGAGCCUUCAGCAAGAGCAACUACCAGGUUGGCUGUUGAAGGUACUAAUGGAGUAGAUAAUCAUGUACCUACAAACACCUUAGUCCCAAACUCAUGCUGUUCAUAUGUAGUUAAUGGAGACAACACAUCUUCAUCUCCGUCUCAGGUUGCUGCCAGAUCUCAGAAUACACCAGCUCCAAAACCACUCUCCUCUGAGCCUGCCAAUGACACUGAAUCAUCCUCAUCUGCACCAACUGAAAAUGCCACGGGUACUGCAGUAGCCUCUGAAGAAGCCACUUUGUCUUCAAAUUGCACUACUACUACUGUUGAAGACGCGCCCGUCCCAGAGGCCCCGACUUCGUCGGAAAACAAUGAAUGUAUUCUCCCUGCUAGCGCGCCCGUUGGUUCUGAAGCUCGAAGUGCGUCAGACCCUGCUGUCUCGAGUUCUGGAAAUAGUUCUGCUUCGGAGGCCGCCAAGCUAAGACAGCUGGACGGGUCUGUGGAGCCGGCGCGGCAGCACUCCGGGAACGUGAGCACAGAGACUUUGCCGGCAGGGUGGGAGCAGAGGAAAGAUCCUCACGGUCGAACCUAUUAUGUGGAUCAUAACACUCGAACUACCACGUGGGAGAGGCCACAGCCUUUACCUCCUGGUUGGGAGAGGAGAGUGGAUGACCGCGGCCGAGUGUACUACGUGGAUCAUAACACCCGGACCACCACGUGGCAGCGGCCCACCAUGGAAUCGGUCCGCAACUUCGAGCAGUGGCAGUCUCAGCGGAACCAGCUGCAGGGCGCCAUGCAGCAGUUCAACCAGCGGUACCUCUACUCGGCUUCAAUGUUAGCUGCAGAAAAUGACCCAUAUGGGCCUUUGCCUCCAGGCUGGGAAAAAAGAGUGGAUUCCACAGACAGAGUCUACUUUGUGAAUCACAACACAAAAACAACCCAGUGGGAAGAUCCAAGAACUCAAGGCUUACAGAAUGAAGAGCCCCUCCCGGAAGGCUGGGAGAUUAGGUAUACUCGGGAAGGCGUCAGGUACUUCGUUGAUCAUAAUACAAGAACAACAACUUUCAAAGAUCCUCGCAAUGGGAAGUCAUCUGUAACUAAAGGUGGCCCACAAAUUGCAUAUGAACGCAGCUUUCGAUGGAAACUUGCUCACUUCCGUUAUUUGUGCCAGUCGAAUGCACUACCGAGUCAUGUAAAGAUCAACGUGUCCCGGCAGACAUUAUUUGAAGAUUCCUUCCAACAGAUUAUGGCAUUAAAACCCUAUGACUUGAGGAGACGAUUGUAUGUAAUAUUUAGAGGAGAAGAAGGACUUGAUUAUGGUGGUCUAGCAAGAGAGUGGUUUUUCUUGCUUUCACAUGAAGUUUUGAAUCCCAUGUAUUGUUUAUUUGAAUAUGCUGGCAAGAACAACUACUGUCUGCAGAUAAACCCAGCAUCAACCAUUAAUCCAGACCAUCUUUCAUACUUCUGUUUUAUUGGUCGUUUUAUUGCUAUGGCACUUUUCCAUGGAAAGUUUAUUGACACUGGUUUCUCUUUACCGUUCUACAAGAGGAUGCUAAGUAAAAAGCUGACCAUUAAGGAUUUGGAAUCUAUUGAUACUGAAUUUUAUAAUUCUCUUAUCUGGAUAAGAGACAACAACAUUGAAGAAUGUGGUUUAGAGAUGUACUUUUCUGUGGACAUGGAGAUUUUGGGCAAAGUUACUUCACACGACCUAAAGUUAGGAGGCUCCAAUAUCCUGGUCACCGAGGAGAACAAGGAUGAGUAUAUCGGUUUAAUGACAGAAUGGCGUUUUUCUCGAGGAGUACAAGAACAAACCAAAGCUUUCCUUGAUGGUUUUAAUGAAGUUGUUCCCCUUCAAUGGCUACAGUACUUUGAUGAAAAAGAAUUGGAGGUGAUGCUGUGCGGGAUGCAGGAGGUAGACCUGGCCGACUGGCAGCGGAACACCGUCUACCGGCACUACACGAGGAACAGCAAGCAGAUCAUUUGGUUCUGGCAGUUUGUGAAAGAGACAGACAAUGAAGUAAGAAUGCGACUGUUGCAGUUUGUCACUGGAACCUGCCGUUUACCUCUCGGGGGUUUUGCUGAGCUCAUGGGAAGUAACGGGCCUCAAAAAUUUUGCAUUGAAAAAGUGGGCAAAGAUACCUGGUUACCAAGAAGCCAUACAUGUUUUAAUCGCUUGGAUCUACCACCAUAUAAGAGUUAUGAACAACUAAAGGAAAAACUUCUUUUUGCAAUAGAAGAGACAGAGGGAUUUGGACAAGAAUGAAUGUGGCUUCUUGUCUUGGAGGAGCUCUUGCAUUUAAAUACCCCAGCCAAGGAAAAUUGCACACAGUGUACAUAAGCUGUUCAUUCUGUACAGUGACUUUUCUGAACCUCUCAAAGUAUAAAUGUUUUCCGUUCUUCCACAGAAAUAUGCAAAACAUUCAUCCUUUUCUACUUUAUUUAUUGUUCCCUAGAAGUGACUGACAAGGAAAAAGAUCAUCCUUAAAUUACAAGAGACUUUAAGUAUAUUAUCUCUAUGAACAUAUAUGAUAGUGGCUCUAGUUUUAUAGAGCUCUGAGUGUAUUAAACAUGACAGACGUUCAUUCAAAUUAUCAGGACUUGCUUUACCUUGUUUCUUAUUAUCCAGGGGGAAAAGUGCAAAUUGCUCCAUGCUCUUCUCCCUUUUGUAACAUCUCCUAAGGGGGUUUAGUUGCAUGGCCAUUCAGGAAGGUAUUAAGGGCUUAGGCCAAAUCUUACUUUGAGUAUGUUAAAAAAUGCUGCUGGCUUUUCUGGACAGGUGUUGAGCCUGUCAUUUUGUUUUAAAUAAAAUAGUUGAAAAUUUUCCCUCUUUACUAUAUCACUAACACAAAGUAAUGAAUGAAAUAUAACUUACAAGAAAGUCAUGUAUUAGAUCCAGUAACAUUUAGUUUAUUUUAGAGAUUGGAAAGUAUUUGUUGAGCAGCACAGAGGAUUGUUUACAUGUGACUUUGGGACGCUAGGUAGGUAUUUGUGGAAUUCAAAAUCAGGCACGUCUGUACUUUUAUUUUCAAGUCUGUGAUGUUCAGUUCAUAAUAAAUUGAUGUAAUCGGAUCCUUAGGAAUAUAUCGUUCAAUGUGAACUUUUCCACCUUUGCGUUCAAAGUUUCAGUUUGAUAAAGCCAUCUGGAGAGUCACUUAAGUAUUUGAGCACUCAAAUGAAUCUAAUGAUUUUCUAUUUGUUUUGAAUAUCUUCAUUACUUUUAAAUUCGUGAAAAAUCCUAUGUAUCUGAAUUAAAUCUGUUGGUCCAUCUCCC